CUCUGGCAGCAGUGUCUUGUGUGGCUUUAAGUAAAUUUAGUAGUUCACUCAAUAUCUCUCCUCUGGCCACAACGUACCGGUUUAGCUGCCGGGUCUGUCUGGGCUCUGAGCUCUUGGUGAGGCUCAGCAAGUGAAGGAAAACUUUGCCCGAAUUCAAGCCUGCAUUUCGGAGCUCCGCUCGCUCCCGGCUGAAGGCUGCUUCCCACAGGGGGGGAACGGAGUGGUGCAAGCUGUGCAGGAUGGAUUGCAGCAGUUCAAGCAGUACAGCAGGCACACAGCAGCAGGAGGCUCCACAAACAGCUCUGUUGAGAUCACAAUUCUGACCAGCCAGCCCAGCCGAGAAAUGGUAAAGCAGCUGGAAAAGAAGCUACAGGACGUAGAUCUGGUGAGCCUGCGAAGAAUACAGGUCAUUGAGGUUCUGAAGAGAGAUUUCCUGGAGCCUGAGGACGUGGAGCAGUGUGUGCCAGCAGAGGAGCCCAGCACUGAUAUGGCAAUCCUGGGAAUGGACAUCGAGGUGCAAACUGUAGAGGACAACGUCAUCAGCCUGGAGAUGCUGUUUAAAACGUGGCUCCAUGACCAUGGCACGGAGAGGGAACAGCUCCAUCUCCUCCUUCCCUCAGGAGGCUUUGGCCACGCUGCUGUACCCAAGAACACCUUAAGUAUUUCAUUUUCUCUCCCCUCUGCUCCCCUUCAAAGAGAUCCUGAAUCCCUCAGCCUUAAAAAGUUACCCAGGAUUGUCCAAGGGGCACCUUCCCUCCCAUUUAGAGAGCCAGUGUGCCUGAAGUGCGAUCUGCAGGAGAGGCUGCUGGACCCAGCCCUGCUUUCAGGGACACCUGAUGGCCCUGGGAGAGCAGCAGAUCCCAGCUCUCCCUGGCACGUGGCAGCCUGGCCAUCCACAGCUCUGCACAAACUCCGCGUGCUCAAGGCUCUGAAGUCUGAAGGGGUCUGUGAGUCUGUACUCUACGGGCUGCCCUUCAUCAUCAAACCCACGAGCUGCUGGCAGCUGGACUGGGAUGAACUGGAGACAAACCAGCACAGCUUCCAUGCUUUGUGUCACAGCCUCCUGAGAAGGAAGUGGAUGCUCCUGGCCAGGCGUGAGCCCCAGAACACUGGGCCAAACUGGAACGUGGUGGUGCAUCCCUAUUAUGUCGUCGUCCCCUCCGACUCUGCCACUCUCCUGGUGAAAGCAGUGGCCAUCAGAGAGCUCCUGCUGCCAUCAGCCUUCCCAGCCCUCCUGGCUGAGCACCCCGAGCGAGUCAGGGGCCCCAUCGAGAGCGCCCUGAACAACUUGGAAGUGGAAGUCGCUUACAACCCCUUGCAUCUGAAGAGCAACCUCUACAAACACCUGAAGAGUUCCUUGUACAAACCUCCGCACCGGCAGCAGCCCCAGCCCCGGGAACAGCGCCUGGAGCGGCACCAGCCCAGGCAGCCUCAGAGCAGAGCCAAAGCUGCAGUGGCUCCCCUGCUGAUGGCUCCCUCUCCCCUCCAAACGUUCAGACCAGCAGCAGCAGCCAGGAGAGGCUCCUGCGAGGGCUCCCUGCUCCGCAAGGAGUUCGAGGAGUUCCUGCAGUGAGCACCAGGACCUGCCCGUGGGCUGCCACAGGUCCUGGCUCAGCAGCUGGCCGGAUGUGGUCAGGCAAGACACCGAGCUUGGCCUUGGUCAGACAGGCACUUCCCAUCGUUUGUUCCUCCUUGUUGUUGUUUCACGGUUGUGUUCGUCACCGAGCCAGUUCUGCAGGAAGUUUGCUGCUCGGGGACCCUCUGUCCAGAGACCCAGCUGUCCCCUGCAGCAGCACCAGCACCACGUAUUUCCUGUUCUUGCCAGCACACGUCACCAGCCUGCCUCAAAUUUGGCUUUCUGAGACUGGGCUAGCACAGGCCACACAUCACAGAUGAGCAGGAGCAGAAGAGCUGCAGGCAGGGCAGGGAGGAAAUCAGACAAGGCAGGCAGUCGUGCUGAGCUGCCCUCAUCCCACUGCAGCAGGUUCAGUGGGGUGGUUGAAUAGGAAUGAAACAGGGCUCUUGGAUUUAAUCUUAAAGCCUGGAGUUCUGCUCUCCCAGAUGAUUUGGUUGCUUCCAAGAUUGGCCUCGCUGUCCAACGCCCCAGGUCAUGACGGGGGUUGUAGCAAAUGCCAAGUCAGAGCAAUUCCAGAGGAUUCCUGCCCAGAUGUCAGCCUGUUUUCCAGUGCAGGUGUAGGGCAGGCGCCCCUGGCACGGCAGGAGCCAAGCGCAGCUUGACCAAGCCGAGGUGGGGUGGUCUCACUUGAGCCCCUGAUGCCAAGCACCAGCAGAGUUUGUGUUCUACCUACCUGGUUCUGAAAAGCUGUUUCAAAAUAAAAUUAUAUCCCAUGUGGUUUCUGACAUGUCCAGCACUGCUAUCCCACCACUGACCUCAGCAUCCUGGGAAACAGCUGCAGGUGAGCAAGGGCAUGAGGCAAGCACCACAAUCCCAUCAGAGCCAUCCCUUCUCCCUGGGAUCCCAGCUCUGACAGGCCCAAAGGCAGGGGCUGGCUCUUCCCAUGCCCUGGCAGCUCAUCAGGCAGCUGCUGGGGCAAGACAUAAGGGCAGGUACCAUGGGAAACAGGGCAGACACCCCUGCAGGCACAGGGAUCCUUGGGUGCAGGACAGAGCCAAGGGCAGGAAUGAACACACAA